GCACAGCUCAGAUGUCUGUUAGCUACGCAGGCGAAUGGUCGCAUUAAAUGCUCGGUUCGCGUCUCUCGAAGUGCGGUUAAAAAUAUUGGCAUUGGGAUUCGGCAGCGGAAUCAAAAACAAAAUCGGGCAUUGCCGUCGUCGUCGUCGUUGCGUUGUAUGUGAUAUCGUUUGAUUCGUCGGUAAACAAAACAAGACGCGCGACAAGAAUUGGGAAACCCAAGCAGCAGAAAUUAGCGAAAAAAGAUUCCACACUCAACAACAAUCACAACAACAUCAACAAUAGCGAACAUGAAACGCCGGAAGCUGAUCAUUUGUUGGGCAGCUCUACAGGCGGCCAGCAGCAUCUUGACCUGUCUGUUGUUGCUGCUCACCCAGCAUCCGGCAGCGGCCGGCAUUGUGCCACCCCCUUGGAGCGAUCCCGCCAAGAAUCCCUGCGCUAGCAUGGCCGGCGGUUGGCAAUUACUCUACUGGACGCCGCUCAAGAAGUGCUUCAAGAUCUUCACACUCGGUUUUCCCUGUCCCGACACGAUGGAACUGAGUCCUUCGCCGAUUAGUGCCAAGCGUAAGGAUGUGCCUGCUGCGGAGUGUCGCUGCCCACCGGGAACAGCGCUCAGUCCCCUAACCGAUGCCUGUCAUGCGCUCUACGAGCGUGGUCCUUGUCCGCAUGGCGAAUACUUUCAACCACUGCCGGAGCAGACGAAAAGAGCCGACAAUCGUUGGGGCAGCUGCAAGAGGCAGCUCCAAUGCGAUGAGGGCAUGUUGUUCUGGCCAAGAGAUGGCAAGUGUUAUCCCAAUCACUCCAAGGGACCCUGCAUAAGGGGCAAGUUGCUCAUGCGCAAUGAGGAUGGCUUAGCCGAGUGCCGUUGCCAUCCGUUUGGUGAGCUGGGUGAGUUCUACUACAGCGUGGAGGACUCUUGCUACGAGCACUACACGAAGGGACCCUGCUCCACACCUGGACACAUCUUUCUGCCUGGAGGACGCUGUGAUUGUCAGCGACAUCUGCCGCACUAUUAUGCACCGCAACAAAUGUGCUUUGAGCUGGACACCCCGGGACCUUGUCCACCGGGUCACAUCUUUCGCAUACCCGACGAUGUGGAUGCCAAUCCGGAGGCCAACACAUUGCAACUGCUGCCACAUGCCAAGUGUCUUUGCAAGGAGGGUUAUGUGCCCUGGAGCGAUGGUCUCUGCUAUCGCCUCUACACUCGUGGUCCAUGUGCAGCCAACGAAUUUCUCGUUAAUGCCACAACUUGUGUGCGCAACUUUUGUGGCAAGAAUCGCCUGUAUUUCCCCACCGAGGACUCUUGCUAUAGGAUUGGAUCGCAAGGUCCUUGCUCACUGCACCAAGUGGUUGUUUUUGACUUUACGGCACGACCCUCGCUGGAUGGCAUCUCGUACAACGGCAUGUGCGGAUGCUCUGGUGUCCUCACGAAUCUGGAUCAACAGUGCGCGGCCAGCAAUGAGCAGGAGAAGAGCAUUUGCGAGGCCACCCCUGGCAUGGUCGAGAUGAAUGGCCAGUGCCAUAAGCUCUACACACGCGGACCUUGUGGCGCCGGCCAGUGGCUGGAGCCGCUGAAGACGCUGCCCUCCAACAACAGUACCAUGCUGCUUGGCUAUGCCAGCCGGGCAAAGUGUGUCUGCCGGCCAGGUUAUACGCCGGCGGAAACCGAUCAUGGUGGCACACACAAUUGCAGUGCACCCAGCGUUAGUCUGGCGAGGUAUUUAACCAUCGAGCGACACAACUCGAAAUUCUUCAGUGAACUGCACCCUCCUCUGUCGUAACCUGGUAUCUCUAUGUACAUAGUACUCUUCUCUACUCUCUAUCUCCUUUGCUAUGAAUGUGAUCCACAAAAAUAUCCUCUGGUGUCCUCCUCCUUCUACGUUUUAUUAUUUAUCUCGCAUGCUGCAUGCUGCUGCUGUCUUCUUCCACUCCUUCCUAUAUGAUCUGUUUGCAGAUCGUUCGAUUUAAUCGUUUCGUUUGCUUUUAGGUGGUUCUUAGAUAUAUUUGGCUAACAAAAACAGCUCGCAGCUGGCCAGCCACUCAAUGCGUUGGCUCUGCUCUAAGAGGCGCCUAGGUGAGAGAUUGUGCCAUGAAUGUAUUACACACCAGCUAAUGUAUAAAUUGUUAAGUGAACUGUAGAUAAUAUGUAUGAAUAAAGGCUUAUAUUAUAUAUAAAUAUUUCAGCCAAUUUGUAAAUUUUAGAAGUAAUGAUGGGUAUCAACAAAGAUAGUCAACAAACGUAGAAGAAUACCUGUUACAUUCUUAAAAGUUCAACUCGUGUUAUGAAUACAAAAAU